AUGGUUUUCAGGAAAAUCAAUAAAGUAUCGAGUAUAAAUCAACGUAAAAGUACUAAUCGAUCUCUUCCUGGGAGCUUCGGCCGUCUUCAGUAUCUACAGAAUUUGAUUGGCGAAUAUCAGCAAACUUCAGUAGCCGAACACAAGGAACAGAUUUUAGCCAACCUCGCUAAUUUCUGCUACGACUCUCGAAACGGCCCACAGCUUCGUCAACUGCGUGUCAUUGAUCUCUUUUUUGACUGCAUCUUAGAACCAUCAAGUGCGUGGUUCAAAACUGCCUUUCAAUCCGGAUCAAAUUUGAAAGUUGAUGUAGGCGAAGCUCGUCUAGCUGAAUUCGCCCUUGGAGGUUUAUCUAAUCUUUCAGCUUCAUCGCCUCUAAGUCGUCAAGAAAUUCUCGAUCACAUACACUUACCGUGUAUUGUGGCUUGUGCUACAUCUCCAGACUCCACAGUUGUUGUACAUUCACUGACUAUUAUCGUACACUUGUUUACUCGUUGUCCGAAUUCAGAUUUCAUUUCUUUGGGUUCGAGAUUUCCUGCUAUAAUCCAAAUAGCCCGUCAGUAUUUGCAUUCUUAUUGUCAGCUGCCCUUAGCUGUUUUACCUGAAAUCCGCAAGAGGAAUUUAAAUGAGAAAUUACUAUCGACUUGUUCUCAACCUAAGAGUGAUAAACUUGAUCUGAAUUCACAGUCUGAACCACCGCCAUAUCAGUUACCUGGUUCAUCAGUUGACCAAAAUACAAGUGCUGUUGAUAUAGAAUGUGAAAAUCACUCUUACACAUCUGAAAAAUCCCAAUUAUUUGGAAGUACUUCAGUUAAUAAAUGGGCUCCUAAUCCUCUAGUAACAUCGUCAUCGUCAUCAUCAUUCUCACCAUCAACAUCAUGUCCAACUACAAUAGAUCUGGUUUUAACUCAACCACCUGCUGUCCUACUUUUCAAACAUUACGCAUCAAUUGCUGCAGGUCUUUCAAAGGCUCGUCUUACAGGUUUAGUUGUUUCAACUGCUUUAGUCGGUUGUGGCUUAGCAGCAUCUACUAGUAUGGUAUCACCUGAAUUCCUGGAAAAUUGUUAUUCGACUGUAAUUUGUUUAGCUCUUGGAACUACACUAACCAGUUCUGCUGCAAAUACAAUCAACCAAAUUAUAGAAAUUCCUUACGACAGCCAAAUGACUCGUACACGAAACCGUGUACUCGUUCGUGGUUUAACUACACCCGGCAGAGCAGCUCUUUUUGCAAUGGCUUGUACUGGUUCUGGACUAUCACUGCUUUAUUUCGGUGUAAAUCCUCUUGUUACUUCAUUGGCUGCUGUAAAUAUGUUAUUGUAUACAUGUAUAUAUACACCAUUGAAACAGAUUAGUCAAGUUAAUACAUGGGUUGGAGCUUGGGUUGGUGCUAUACCUCCAUUGAUGGGUUGGGCUGCAGCUACUGGACAAUUACAGUGUGGUUCAAUAAUCCUAGCAUGUUUGUUGUAUGUAUGGCAAUUUCCACACUUUAUGGCACUCAGCUGGAAUAUGCGUAGUGAAUAUUCCAAAGCUGGUUACUCAAUGACGUCUAUAAUCAAUCCGGAUUUAUGUAAACGAGUUGCUUUACGUUAUUCAAUAGCAUCAAGUUUAGUUUGUUUAGCUGGUGCUGGUUGCAGUGCUAUAAGUUUAGGACCAUGGGCUGGUUGUGCAUUAGGCAUUGGUUCAUUGCCAGCUAAUAUAGGUUUAAUUUAUUAUGCAUGGAAAUUUGCUAAAUCCAAUUCGAAUGUUGGUGAUGGAAGUUCUGCUGCUGCAAGACGUUUAUUUCGAGCAACAUUAUUUCAUCUACCUGUAGUUAUGAUCACUGUAUUAUUGGGUUCUUAUUGUUCUAUCAAUGCUGGACAUAUGUAGUGAUAUAUCUGUAGACGAUUGGAUUAGGCUUAUUAAUAUAUGUACCUAGAUAUUGUAUAACGUAUUGUCGUUUUCGUUUUUUAGUACAUUACCUUUAAUUUGUCUCCUUUUUGUAUUACCCAUGCUCUGUAUGCAAAUGGAG